GUCGCUAGCACCAAAAACGCCACGGCUUCGACCGAAUGUGCGACUCUAGCUCCCUCCCUCACCCCGGACUCCAUGCGUUCAGCUAGCGACCCAUUGGACGAAAGAGACCCUCAAUUGUCAGAGGACGGUUGCGCAGCGUACGUUGGGUGUCAGCGUGCUGCAAGGUAACAAUCCCGCAGUGUAUCACCAGUUUAUGUGUCUCCGCCCGUUUGCCUGCGUCCCGUGUGCUUUGUAGCGACCUCUCCCGAGUGCCGCUGCUACCGGUUCCGUCGUGCGUGGGUGGAAAGAAAAGAUGGAGCCGGAAGGGUCAAGUGGAUUCAAACGGAACUCUGUCCAUCAGGGAAUUUACAGUCGUCCUGUGGAACGGCGGCCCAGCAAGAAGUCUUCCUCCAAGGACCGGCACGGGAUGGUGUAUCCCGAUAGCUUUAGGGACACGGGAAUUCGAACAGUCACCCCAGACUCUGAGGCUGGCAACCACUCACCUUCCUCGGAGGCGGAGUAUCUCGCAUCAAGUGCGGCAGCUUCCCCUCGCCCCGCCACCCGGACAAGAGCCUCCGAUCGAGAAUCCCGUCGCGACUAUCACUCUUACCACUCGGCAGGCGACGAAGAAGAUACACAUGUGGAGAUGAAAAGUCAGCGCGCACGGUCACGGACCACCACCCUAGAUGAUCAGCGCAGCGAGAUCUCCCCUAACACAUUUUUCAGAGCCCGGAAUCGCCUGGGAUCUAUCAACACCGCAGUUCCACAACCCAAAACCCCGGACGAGUCGUCAUCUAUUGGCUUUCCGUCCAUUCAGUCCCCCACUUUUUUCAGUCACUCCCUUGGCCGCCAACGGUCAAGCAAGCCCCCAGGGGGUUCGAGCUUGGUGACGAGUGUAUCGGCCAAUCAAACCCCCUCGGCGCUGUCGACUACCGAUGCGUCCAAAAUCCUGCAGCUUAUGAAAACGACUUGUGGAAGGAUGCACGGCAUUCUUUCGUUUCGGACUGCAUCAACAACGGCUUGGUCCUCGGGCUACUGCGCCAUCAACGUCGCCACGGGCAGUCUAAUAUAUCAAGCCAAGGGGGAGCCCGCACUGGCCAAGACUUUAAUUCCUGAUCUGCGUGGCUGUCAGGUUCGCUCGCUGGUCGAUCCGGAACUACGGACGAACUACCUCAGCGUCUCCACGUUUACUUCAGGACUCGGUGUCGAGCUAAGACCCCAUGUGAGCGAAACAUUCGAUUCCUGGCUUGCUGCUUUGUUGUGCUGGCAGCCAAUCCGCCCCAAGGGCGUCCAAAACAAGAUGACAAAGCCCCAGUCGGUGGCAAUUGGUGACCGCCGUUUGGUCGAGCGCCGGCGAAACUCCGAAAGUACAGUACAAAAAGAGGCAGCUAUCAUUAAAGUUGGCAAGAUGCUAUUAUGGGACAGGCCCAGUGCGUCGGGUGUUCGACCUUCCUCUGGCCGCCGAGUGUCAACAUAUCGCCAACAGAGAGCUCUUUCCUCCUCGUGGCUGAGAGUCAGCUGUACGUUGCAAGAGAAUGGUGCCUUCAAGCUGUAUACCGAGUCCGACAUUACACUUGUAACAUGCAUCCAACUUUCGCAACUCUCCCGCUGUUCCGUGCAGCAAUUGCACUCUUCGGUCUUGGAAGAUGAAUUCUGCAUCGCCAUCUAUCCUCAAUACGCCGUGCACUCUGCAUCCGGCAUCACUCGACCAGUAUAUCUAGCCCUGGAAAGUCGAGUCCUAUUCGAGGUAUGGUUCGUGCUCCUGCGCGCCUUUACGAUUCCUGAGCUCUAUGGGCCCGAAACUUGUGCAGAAGAUGACCCGAAGAGUCCGUCCGACGCCGCUGCGUCAUCCAUGGCAGAUAUGUUCCGAAUCGAGCGCAUGCUCAAUGUGAGAGUCACGGAAGCUAAGCUGCUCCGAAACAAGGCCGCGGAGAAGGCCCCUCGAAGCCGGAAGCAGUCACGGUCACAUAGCAAUUCAACCCCAACAUCUGCUGUGAGCGAUUACUACACAGAAGUACUUCUUGAUGGGGAAAUCCGUGCCAAAACUGCUGUCAAGUAUCGCACAGCCAACCCGUUUUGGCGAGAGGAUUUUAAUUUCAGUGAUCUUCCACCUGUCCUGUCGCAAGUAUCGAUUCUAGUAAAGACGAUCAGCCCGACACAGAAGGAUUGGACGCUUAUCGCACAUGGCUCCUAUGGCCAGGACCAUAGUAAUCCGGCACGUUUGUUAGACGACGUUGAGCUCUCCUCCCAGGAUGCUACAUUCGGCAGGGUCGAUUUGAAAUUGGACGAUCUACAGCCUGGGGUCGAAACGGAAAAGUGGUGGCCGAUCUUAGAUGAUAAAGAUCAGCCGGUGGGUGAAAUGCUCAUGCGAGCGCGGAUGGAGGAGACGGUCGUUCUGAUGUCGCACGAGUACACGCCGAUGUCGGAAAUCCUACAUUCGUUCACCAAUGGGCUCACUAUUAACAUGUCUCAAGUCAUGUCCUCGGAGCUGAAUCAGUUGUCCGAAGCUCUUCUAAAUAUUUACCAGGUGUCAGGCACGACUGUCGAGUGGAUCUCAGCCUUGGUUGAGGAUGAGAUUGACGGGCUGCACAAAGAAUCGACAGCGAAUAGACUGAGGUAUACCACGAGGAUUCACUCCAACGAUUCCCGGGAGUCGGGCCAAGAAAGAGAAGUCCUUGUGAGAGACAUGGGCCGUACUGCUACCGUCGAGGCAAACCUGCUUUUUCGAGGAAAUUCGCUUCUUACCAAGGCGCUUGACUACCACAUGCGUCGCUUAGGCAAGGAAUACUUGGAAGAAACCAUUGGCGAGCGACUUCGCGAUAUCGAUGAGACCGACCCGGAGUGCGAGGUGGACCCUUCCCGUGUACAUCGAUCGGAUGAUCUCGAUCGCAACUGGAGGAACCUCAUCUCCCUAAGUACAGGGGUCUGGAAGUCGAUUGCAAGCUCUGCAUCUAGAUGCCCAGCCGAGUUGAGGCUCAUCUUUCGGCACAUCCGAGCUUGUGCCGAGGACCGCUAUGGCGAUUUCCUUCGGUCAGUCACAUACAGUAGUGUGUCGGGCUUCCUAUUUCUGCGGUUCUUUUGUCCAGCAAUCCUGAAUCCCAAACUCUUUGGAUUGCUCAAGGAUCAUCCCCGCCCCCGCGCCCAACGCACAUUGACGCUGAUCGCCAAGGCCCUGCAGGGCCUGGCCAACAUGACUACCUUCGGCAGCAAGGAGCCUUGGAUGGAACCCAUGAACAAGUUUCUGGUCAGCAACCGCGUCGAUUUCAAGCAAUUCGUCGAUUCGAUCUGUGCUAUUCCUGCCGACCGUCCCGCACCUAUCGUCACACCCUCCUAUGCCACCCCCAUACAGAUUUUGGGUCGUCUGCCCCCGACAUCGCGCGAAGGAUUCCCUAGUCUACCCUUCCUCAUUGACCACGCGCGAAGCUUUGCCAAUCUCAUCAGUAUUUGGCUCGAGAUCGCACCGGAGCGCCUGGCGGAAAUGGAGGAGAUUGACCCAGCCGUCAGCAAAUUCCAUGAAAUGGCCGUUCGUCUGCACCAACGCACCAAGGAAUGUUUGAGCAGAGCCGAGCAGGCAGAGCGUCCAAAUGGAGGCCUUGAGGUCAAAUGGGAGGAGCUGGUCGAUGCCAUGGAACGAUCGGUGACCUUUUACGAAGACAGCUCCAAGCCUACGAGCCCGGCCACAGAGGCAGCUAUCGCAGGGUCGACAUCCCUUACGGGCAGCCAUCGCAAUUCGAUCGGCUAUUUCGCGUCACGGCCCUCUCUACCGCGUCGAUCUACCGAUUACGCUCCUGAAGCCGAGGAUGACACGCCCCCCAGUUCCUCUUCUGCCACCUGGGACCAAAGUAGAGUCCCCUUCUCGAUACCGCGAUGGGCCGAUCCCAGGGACAGCACCGGCAGUUCGAAGAACUCUUCCACAUAUUCGCUUGAAUACCCCGAACCCUCGAAAUCGCGCAGAUCUAGCAUCACCAGGGAGACAACAAGCAAGUACCGGUUCUUCGAUUUCGUGCCCCCGUCCCGCCGCAAAGCGAAGGAUCGGGAACAGGCUCAGCAUUCGCGUGAGGAACAGCGCAACGAGUUAUGACGCCCAAGUCGCCUGGGUAAUACCUAGGCUUGCCUCGCUCUUGAACUCGUGCAAUGGUGUCAUGGCCUAUCUGGACCAUGACGAUUCCAAGCAUCUAUCCCACAUCUGUGGCUUUAGACAAAAUUAUUUUACCUUCUACGGCUGCCCCGCCUUCUCUACGCCCCAUGAAUGUCAUCGGGGAAGCUCUU